UGUUAGCAGAUCGCAUCACAACACGAGCCAAUUUGCGGUCAAAAUGAACAUGACCACAGGGCUGCUGUUGUUAGUGGCGGCGCUGGCCAGCGCUUCCGCGUUCUCAAUAAAUUUGAGACAAAAUCCGGAGACACUGUGCAUUGGCCAAGAAAAUUUCCUACGUAUCGCCUAUGUCGACAGUUGCGUGCACUACUACCAAUGUUAUUCCAGUCGUGCUUAUCUCAUGCAAUGUCCUUUGGGCACGUGGUUUAAUGAAGAUGAGCAGAUUUGCGAUAGAUCUACACCACCUGAAAAUUGUCAAAUUGAGGAUGAAGAAGAUUCAGAAAUUAGUUCUGAAGAUGAAUCAGAACAGGUACCCGAGGAAGAGGAUGAUGUAGAAGAAGAAGAAGUAGAAGUCGAUGAACAAGAAGUUGAUGAAAAUGAAGAGGUAGAUCAAGAAGAAGUUGAAGAAGAAGAUGCAGAUGAACAAGAAAGCGAAGAGGCAGAGGAACAAGAUGUUGAAGAACAAGAUAAUGAUGAAGAAGAUAAUGAUGAUCAGGGAGUUGAAGAUUUCAAAUUACAACAGGAAGAACAGAACACGGAUGAUGAAGAAAAUGAGGACGAACAAGAACUUCCUGACCAAGAGGACGAUGAAGAGGACGAAGAAGAGCAGGAAGUAGGAGAGCAGGAAGGAGAAGAGCAGGAAGGAGAAGAACAGGAAGGAGAAGAGCAGGAAGGAGAAAAUCAGGAAGAAGACCAGGAAGGAGAAGAACAGGAUGUAGAAGUGCAAGAAGAAGAAGAAAAUCAAGUGGAACAGGAAGCUAUAAAUGACGAAGAAGAUGAAGAGGAAACUGAACUACAAGAGGAAAACAUUGGUGAACAAUCGAAUCAUGAAGAAGUAAUUGAAGAAGAAUUUGUCCGCGUGGCAUCGCUUAGUCAUAACCACCAUUAUCAUUAUGGGCAUGGACAUAGCCAUGGCCACGGCCACCAUCAUGGCCAUGACCACGGAAAACCUUGUAACAAUAUCGAAGGGUCAGGAGAGGAAGAUGAGGAAGACGCUGUUGUAGAUUUUAUUAGGUCACCGAGGCGUUUAAAACGACAAGAAGUGCUAGAAGAAGAAACUGAAAAUGGCGAGGGUAAUGUCGAUGACGAUACUGAUGAUGAUAACAGUGAUGAUAAUGUAAGCAUUGAAGAUGAGGGGAAUAAUAAUGAAAACGAAGACAAUGAUGACAGUGAAAACGGCGAUGACGACAAUAACGGUGAAGACGAUGAUGACGGUGAUGGUAAUGAAAACGUUGAUGGCGAUGAUAACGAUGAUAACGGUGAUGGAGAUGAUAACGGUGAUGGUGAUGAAAACGACGAUGGCGAUGAUAAUGGUGAUGAUGAUUCUAACGGUGAUGGUGAUGAAAACGUUGAUGGCGAUGAUAACGGUGUUGGCGAUGAUAACGGUGAUGGAGAUGAUAACGGUGAUGGUGAUGAUAACGGUGAUGGUGAUGAAAACGACGAUGGCGAUGAUAAUGAUGAUGAUGAUUCUAACGGUGAUGGUGAUGAAGACGUUGAUGGCGAUGAUAACGGUGAUGGCGAUGAUAACGGUGAUGGCGAUGAUAACGGUGAUGGUGAUGAUAACAGUGAUGGUGAUGAAAACGACGAUGGCGAUGAUAAUGGUGAUGAUGAUUCUAACGGUGAUGGUGAUGAAGACGUUGAUGGCGAUGAUAACGGUGAUGGCGAUGAUAACAAUGAUGGUGAUGAUAACGGUGAUGAUAAUAACGAUGCUGAAGAUGAUGACGGUGACGACGAUGAUGAUGAUGUCAAUGAUGACAAUGACGAUAAUGAUGAAAAUGAAGAAACGGAUAGUGAAACCGACGAUGAAGAAUCCAAGGUACAAAAGUUUUUCAAAAGAUUUCUUAGUGCAUUCGCUUAAAACAACAGGCAUUUGAUUUCAAAAGUAUCUCUAUUAGGAGUGCUCACUUGAAAUUUAGGUUAGGAAGCUAUGAAACUAAUUUAAUUUUAAAAAUUAGACUUAAGUGUUGUGAGUAGGAUUUCACUUUGUGCAAUUUUGUAAAU